AUGGAAGACGAUACCAAACCCACACAGCAGCAUGUCGAAGAUCGCAACGCUCGCUUCGCCCCCGAGGCGACCACCACCGAUGGCCAGCUCGCGCCGACCGUGACUUACGACACGGAAAAGGGCACCGCCAACUCGAGCUACGCCGACUCGACCGCCGGUGUUGAGCUCCGUGCUGACCUAUACAAGCGUGAACGACGACUCGUUCGCAAGCAAGGUCAGUUUCACAGUGUAGCAACAUACGCCAAUCGCGGGCGGUGCGGCGGCGAAUCCGUUGAAAUUUCGGCGUUAGCCCCACUCUGCCGCCGCCCUCGUGACUAG